CGGCCGGGUGGCGUUGGUGCGGCGGCGAACAGUGACCCGUGAGCCGUCGCCAUGGCGCACCACGACGAGGCCGGUAUCGGCGACUUUGUUCUACUAGACCAGAUCAACAUCGACAGCUUCAUGGAGAACCUGCAAGUGCGGUUCAACGCCGGAAAGAUAUACACGUAUAUCGGAGAAGUAUGCGUCUCCGUCAACCCAUACCGGACCAUGAACAUCUACGGCUCGGACGUCGUCAACCAGUACAAAGGUCGAGAGAUCUUCGAGCGCCCGCCGCACAUCUUCGCCAUCGCCGACGCCGCCUACAAGGCGAUGAAGCGGCGAGGCCAGGACACCUGCAUCGUCAUCAGCGGCGAGAGCGGCAGCGGCAAGACGGAGGCGUCCAAGAUCAUCAUGCGCUACAUCGCGGCCGUCACCAACGUCAGCCAGCAGGCCGAGAUUGACAGGGUCAAAAGUGUGCUCAUCCAGUCCAAUUCGAUUCUGGAGGCGUUUGGAAACGCCAAGACAAACAGAAAUGACAACUCGUCACGCUUCGGAAAGUACAUGGACAUCAACUUUGACUUCAAGCACGACCCGGUGGGCGGCCACAUUUCCAACUACCUGCUGGAGAAGUCGAGAGUAGUGCUGCAGCAGCCCGGCGAGAGGAAUUUCCACGCAUUCUACCAGCUGCUGUACGGGGCACCGGACGCCGAGCUGACCAAGCUGAAGCUGGUGAGGGACGCGGCGCAGUACUACUACACGCGCCAGGGGGGCAACACGCGAGUUGACUCCAUCAGCGACAGGCAGGACUACAAAUCAGUCAACAGCGCUCUCCGGCUGCUCGGAUUCGGUGCCGAGAAGACCGAGUGCAUCUGGAAGAUCAUCGCAGCCGUUCUAAACCUGGGUAACGUCGAGUUUGACGACAACGCCGACGCGACCAGCGUGAAGACGCCGGAGCGGCUGCAGGCAGUGGGCGCGCUGCUCUCUGUAACGCCCGCCGAGCUGGGCAAGACCCUGUGUCAGCGUGUGAUCGCCGCCGGCGGCGAGGUCAUGGAGAAGGGCCACACCGGCGUGCAGGCCACCUACGGCCGAGACGCCUUCGCUAAGGCGAUCUACGAGCGCCUCUUCACAUGGAUCAUUCAGGAGGUGAACACGGCCAUAGAGGUGAAGGAGGAGAGCAAGCGGUACCGCACCAAGAACACCGUCAUUGGCGUUCUUGACAUCUACGGUUUCGAGAUAUUCAACAACAACAGCUUUGAACAGUUCUGCAUCAACUACUGCAACGAGAAGCUGCAGCAGCUGUUCAUCGAGCUGGUGCUGCGACAGGAGCAGGAAGAAUACCGGAAGGAGGGCAUCGAGUGGACCAACAUCGAGUACUUCAACAACCAGAUCAUCUGCGACCUGGUGGAGCAGCCGCACAAGGGCAUGAUCGCCAUCAUGGACGAGGCUUGCCUGAACGUGGGCCGCAUCACCGACCAGAUGCUGCUGGAGGCCAUGGACAAAAAGCUGGCCAACCACCAGCACUACAGCAGCCGCCGACUCAACCCCAUGGACAAGGAGCUGAAGCAUGGCGAGGAGUUCCGCAUCAGGCACUACGCCGGCGACGUGAGCUACAACGUCACCGGCUUCCUGGACAAGAACAAGGACAUGCUGUACCAGGACUUCAAGCGGCUGCUGUACUCGUCGCAGAAUGAGACGCUGAAGUCGAUGUGGCCGGAGGGGGCGCAGCACAUCAGCAAGACGACCAAGCGGCCGCUGACUGCCGGCACCCUCUUCAAAAACUCGAUGAUUUCGCUCAUCACCAACCUCGCCAGCAAGCAGCCGCACUACGUGCGCUGCAUCAAGCCCAACGAGGAGAAGUCGCCGGUGCUGUUCGACAGGGAGAGGGUGCGCCACCAGGUGAACUACCUGGGCCUGAUUGAGAACGUCCGCGUCAGGAGAGCCGGCUUCGCCUACCGCCAGAGCUACGACAGGUUCCUCAGGAGGUACAAGAUGAUCUCUCAGUUCACCUGGCCUAACUUCCACGGCGAUUCGGACAAGGAGGGAGUCAAGAUCCUCAUCAAGGAGCAGAACUUCGUCGACGACGUCAAGUACGGCAAGACCAAGAUCUUCCUGCGCUCGCCGCAGACGCUGUUUGCCCUGGAGCAGGCCCGUGGCCGGCUGAUCCCGCACAUAGUGAUCUUCCUGCAGAAGAUGUGGCGUGGCGCGCUGUGCAGAAUGCGCUACAGGAAAAUGAUGGCGGCGCGCACCAUCCUUCACGCCUUCCGACGCUACAAGAUGCGUGACUACAUCACACAGCUCAACACGCUCUUCAGGAACGUGAAGCGCUCGUCCGACUUCGGCCGCUCGGUGCGCUGGCCGCCGGCGCCGCUGGUGUGUCGCGGCGCCGUCGGCUCGCUGCGGGCUAUCCACCGGCGCUGGUGGGCCCUGAUGGUGCUCAGCCGGAUACCAGCCGACGAGCGGCCUCAGAUGCGGCUCAAGGUGACGACGGCAGACGCUCUGCAGGGCCGUCGGCCCGAGUGGGGCGCCGGCCGCCGCUGGGAGGGCAACUACCUGGCCUCGGUCCAGGAGAACGCCAACACGGCGGGCUACGUGCAGACCGUCUCCCAUCUGCGCUCCAAGGACAAGUUCCAGAAGAUCAUGUUCUCCGGCCUGGUGCGGAAAUUCAACCGCAACAACAAAAUGGCGGAGCGAGCCAUCAUCGUCACAGACACCAGCAUCUACAAGCUGGACAGCAACAAGUUCAAGUGCCUCACUUCACACGCAAUCGCCGACGUGACAGGUGUGAGCGUGUCUCCGCGCUCCGACCAGCUGGUGGUGCUGCACCUGCGCGGCGGCAAUGACCUGGUGGUGGCCCUGCUCUCAAACAAGGCCGAGGACCGUGUGGGCGAGCUGGUGGGCGUGGUCUGCCGGCAAUACAGCGCGUCCCAGAAGCGCGAUCUGCGCGUCCUGGUGACAGACAACGUCCAGUGCAUGCUGGGCAACAAGAGCCGCACGAUCGGGGUGGAGAUCAUGCAGGACGCCCAGCACGCCUCCUUCCGCAAAGGCCCCACCAAGGAGGCCAUCGUGUUGGUGUGGCCGCCGCACCUCAGUCCGCCCCCACCCUCCAUCACCAACGGGCUGAAAACCAACGGCAACGGACGAAUCCACUGAGGGGCCAGGGGAGGCACUGUCUGCCUGUGGUGCUCUGUAGAGGCGGGCUGCCUGGGUGACGUAAUUUGCUUUGAUAGGCGUUUAGGCGUGGGCUGCUGACGCGUCGGGGACCGGUUUACCCGACGCCGGUGGCCGCUGCGUCGCAGGCGGACCGUUGUGCGCUGGGGAACACGAGUUGCUCCAGUUACAUUUGCGUUUUGACGCCUGCGUUACAUGUCGCCGGGGCGGUGCGUGGCGUGAAAGGACGAGUUCAUCCGUCCCCACGAGGGGUGUGUGGGUCUGAAGGCGCGUCCAUUAUUUGCUGAAGGGCGCGGUGGGAUGAGAAAGAAACAAGGUACUUUCCAGCCGUCGCCGAGGGUUG